AUGAGUGGCGUCACGAAAUACUCAGGUUGGAUCACCGCGUUUUGCUUUUGGGACGAUAAAGGAUCUUGUUUACAUAAGUUGCCUGCCAGCGAGCAGAUGGAAGCCUAUUCUGACUCGGCCCCUUUUGGUGACAUGACCAUAGACAAUUUUAAGGAUCACAUCGACCUGCACUUGAUGUUAGAUGGAGUACGUUAUCAUAAGGUUAGCGACGAUGAGAUACCCCGAGGAUGGAAUAAAGUUCCAGUGGCUAUUGACGAUAACGGCGAGAAUAUUAAAGCGGAAAUGGUGGCGGGUUCAGUCGGUAUUUCUUGCUUAAUGAGUGGAAUUGAGAACGAGAGCAGUUUAUCUUCUUUGGAUACGAUGCAGCCACAGAGUGGGUGGUAG